AUGGAGAGCCAAGAGUCUUCGGGUCCUUCUGGGCCGUCCGCUGGGCACCACACGGCAGAAACAGCGGCUCGCUCCGAAGCCCUCCAGAAGCCCCUUGUCGUCAGGAUAUUCGACGCGAACGAGCAGCCAGAGGCGUCUGGGGAGGCGGGGUUUUCCGAGGAGGCCGACGAGCAAGACCAGCGAGGCGAGUCCGAGGAGCAUGCGAACUCCGACGAGAUCCCCAGUCACCCCAAGCCCUAUGAGCUUUACCAACCCUAUGAUUCCCGCAAGCCCCUCAAACCUCAUGCACCCUGCGGGCCCCAUGCGCCCCGCGAGCCCCGAAAGCCCCAGGGGGCCCCUGUUCCCCGCGCGCCCCACAAGCCUCAAGAAAUCGAGUUGCUUCCUAGAGCCGGCGUGAUGGUCUCCCCAUCUCUGCUGAUGAGACUCCCGCCACAGCUGCCGCCGUCUUCCCUGAGCGAUCCUGGUCCUUGUGACUUUGUAAGGAAACGGAAGAGAAUUCAAGAUCUUUCUAGGCCUAAGAAACAAUGGGGAGCCCCAGAUAGAAAACUGUUUUGGGGGAAUCAAGAUCCUAUUCGCCCUGUUUCCCAGAGUGCUUUGAAAGCUCAGAUGACCCGAAGAUUAGAGAGCCUUGCCCAGCCUAAGGAAGUCUCCUACCGAUAUGUACCUAAUAGGGUUCAAUAUUGUUAUAGCUGCGGUAGAGAGUCUGUAAUCUGGGAGAUCCCCUCUCCUGCACUGUUUUGCCAACCUUCCAAAAGGAUCCAGAAGCUGGCACAGCCCAACAGAUACAAGAGAGGGUACCUAAUAGACAGAUCCUUCAGUGAUUACUUAAUAAGAGAUUCUGUUCAAUUCUCUGAUCCUUCUCCUCGGAUAUUACAACUCUCAAUAGCCAAAGCCACAAAUCCAAACUAUGUUCCUCCAAAAAGCAUUGAAACCAAGAUUUUGUCAUCUACCCUGGCUGCUAUUGCAGCUCCUAGAAUUGUAGACCUUGCCCAUCCACGGAUCAAGAUAGAGGGUCUGUGCUUUGAAAGAGAAAGAAGUGAAAAGCCCAUUCGUCCUAUCUCCCACGCUGCCUUGCUGGCCCACCCUAGCCCUCGAAUACUAGCUCUAGCUAAGGCCAAGCCUCUUCAUAAAGAUUAUUUACCUCCCCGCGAUGCCCUCUGGCCAGUAUCUUAUGCUGCUCUCCAUUCCAAGAUAUCUCCCAGAGUUCAAGAACUAGCUAACCCAAAUGCAAGGACUCCUAUGCAUAUUGUAUAUUAUGAUCCAGAAGUCUUUAAAGUCAAGCCAGCUGCUUUGAAAACACAGUGUUCUCCAAGGAUCCAGGAGUUGGCAGAACCUAUUACACGUUAA